CAGCAUUUGAGGUUGAAGAAAGAAGAGAUGAAUGGUGACAAGGUCUACUUCCACACAGACAACCAGAGUGUCUCCCUGCAGCCUGGAGGGGUGGACUCCAUGGAAGUGGCUCCCACAACACCCAGGAUGACAAGACUUAUUCAGGCCACCCUGGCAUGUAUAGCUGUGACCAUUGUCUUCUCUCUCGUGGUUCUCCUUGUUGUGGAUCCCCACCACUAUGGCAGGGUGGCAGAGUUGCAAGAGACUUUCCAGAUGUUUAAAGGCCACGUGGAGAAUUCCAGCACUUGCAGUGUGGAGGUCCAGAUGCUGAUGUGCAGAGUGGACAAUGUCAGUUCUCAGAUCCAGAUGCUCGGCGGUCAUCUGGAAAAUGCAAAUGCUGACAUCCAGAUGGUAAAAGAUGUUCUAAAGGAGGCCAGUUCCUUGAGUUUGCAGACCCAGAUGUUCAGGAGUUCCUUGGAGGGGGCCAAUGCUGAGAUCCAGAAGCUAAAAGGAGCUAUGGAAAAGGCAAAUGCUUUAAACUCCCAGACCCAGAGUUUCUUGAAAAGCAGUUUGGAAAGCACCACUGCUGAUCUCUACAUGUUAAACAGAGACUUAGAAAACGCCAACACUGAAAUUCAGGUGUUGAAGGCAGGGCUGGAAAUGGCAAACACCCAGGCCCGCUUGGCAAAUAGUAGCUUAAAGAAUGCUAAUGCUCAGAUCCUUAUUUUGAGAGGCAGUCUGGAGAGUAUCAAUGAUUUAAGGGCCCAGAAUCAGGUUUUAAGAAGUAGUUUGGAAGGAGCCAAUGUUGAUAUCCAGCAGCUAAAGGGAAGUCUGCAAAACGCAAACACUUUAAACUCUCAGACGCAGACCUUUAUACAAGGAAGUUUAGACAACACCAGUGCUGAGAUCCAGUUAUUAAGAGGUCAUCUGGAGAAGGCUGGUGAUGAGAUUCACUUGUUAAAAGGAGGUUUGGAGACUGUCACUGUCCAGACCCGAGAGGCAAAUCGUUGCCUGGAGCAGACAGAUGCUCAGAUCCAAGUAUUCAAAACAGAGCUGGAGAAGGCCAAUGCCUUAAAUUCCCAGAUUCAGGUGUUAAAUGGUGGCUUGAAAAAUGCCAGCAGAGAGAUACAGACCCUAAAACAAGGAAUGAAGAAUGCUGUGGCCUUAUAUUCAAAGACCCAGACGUUAGAGAACAGUCUGCAGAAAGCCAAUGCUGAGAUCCAGAGGCUAAAAGACAAUUUACCAGGUGCCAGAACGCUGACUAACAAAAUCCAGGAGGUGCAGAGUCACCUGAACACCCUCAAAGCAGCCUUUGCUUCGCUGGAGCCACAACAUCAACUUCUCCAGAAGAUUCUGCAAGGCUGGAAGAUCUACAGUGGGAGCUUGUAUUACUUUUCUGACGUCAAGAAGUCUUGGCAGGAGGCUGAGAAUUUCUGUGUGUCCCAGGGAGCCCACCUGGCCUCAGUGACAUCGAAGGGGGAGCAGAAAUUUCUGACACAGACCACAAGUGAUUCUUACUACUGGAUUGGCCUCACUGACAGGGGCACAGAGGGCUCCUGGCGCUGGGUGGAUGGGACACGAUUCAAUGAUGCCCGGAGCAAAGAGUUUUGGGAUACGAAUCAGCCAGACAACUGGCGGCACAGUAACGGGCAAGUUGAAGACUGUGUCCACACUCAGCAGAAGUGGAAUGACAUGAUCUGUGAUGCUCUCUAUCCCUGGAUCUGUGAGAAGACCAUCGCCCAGGGUGUGGCCUGAGGCAGGCCGGAGCUGAGAGGUCACCACCGCUGCCAGCUCUGGACCCUCUCUACCAUGAUGCCUUCUGAGCCCAUCAUUGGCCUUUUGUGUUUCCUGCUCUGUCCGUUUACUUAACCCUUCAAACACGUUUACCCCACGUGACCCAGUAGGAUUAAUGGCUCUUCAAGGCAAGAGCCUUGCUGUGCCUCUCUAUCCCCGUCGGCAACCAGCACAGGCCUGUCAGACAGCAGGUCCUCAAUAAAUACUCGUUG